AUGGCGAGCUCAGUGAAUGGUUAUAAUAACAAUAUUGGCCUCAGCAAAACUCUCUACUCUGAUUACUUAAUUGAUAAAUCAAUAAAGGCCAAAGUCACUAUCGAAAGUUUUUACCAAAAUUUAAUUCUCCAAUUUGGUGAGAGACGAAGGAGACAAGAGACUUUAGAAAAAGCAAUGGAAGAUAUGCAGCUACCAAUAGAAGAGAGAGAAGAUAAACGUAGGCAACUAGCUGCGAAAGAAACUGAAUUCUUAAGACUUAAACGUGCUCGGUUAUCAACGGAAGAUUUUGAACCUUUAAAAAUUAUCGGACGUGGCGCAUUUGGUGAGGUACGAUUAGUUCAGAAAAAAGAUACAGGCCACAUCUAUGCUAUGAAGAUUUUACGUAAGGCUGAUAUGCUUGAAAAAGAGCAAGUAGCUCAUGUCCGCGCAGAACGUGAUGUCCUUGUGGAAGCGGAUCACGCCUGGGUCGUAAAGAUGUUUUAUUCAUUUCAAGAUGCAGAAAAUUUAUAUCUCAUCAUGGAAUUUCUUGCUGGUGGUGACUUAAUGACACUAUUAAUGAAGAGAGAUACAUUAUCUGAAAAUGAAGCCCGUUUUUUAAUAGCUGAAUCCGUACUGGCUAUCAACUCUGUUCAUGAGCUUGGCUUUAUUCAUCGUGAUAUUAAGCCAGAUAACUUACUAUUGGAUAGUAAGGGUCAUAUUAAACUCUCUGAUUUCGGAUUGUGCACUGGGUUAAAGAAUUCUCAUCAAACGGAUUUUUACCGCGAUAUUACUAUUGACAAAGCCAAUCAGCUAUUGCAUAUUCCGAGCAAUUAUCGAGAUCGCCAAGCAUCCUGGAAGAAAAAUAGAAGGGCAAUGGCCUAUUCAACCGUUGGAACCCCGGAUUAUAUUGCGCCGGAGGUAUUUUUACAAACGGGAUAUACAAAGAGCUGCGAUUGGUGGUCUUUGGGAGUGAUUAUGUACGAAAUGUUAAUAGGAUAUCCUCCAUUUUGCUCGGAGACUCCAAAAGAGACGUACCAUAAAAUUCUUAAUUGGCGAUCCGCCCUUAUAUUUCCACCUGAAACGCCUAUUUCUGAUAAAGCUCGCGAUUUAGUGAAAAGGUUAUGUUGUGAUGCUGAAUUUCGGAUUGGUAAACUUGGUGUUGGAGAAAUCAAGCAACAUAGCUUUUUUACUGGAAUUGACUGGGAAAAUAUUCGAAAUCGUCCCUCUGCAAUUCGAGUCAAUAUUAAAUCAUUUGAUGAUACCUCAAACUUUGAUGACUUCCCUGAUCUUAACCCGGAAGAUAAAGACUGGGUCUUUAUCAAUUACACAUUUAAACGAUUCGAAGGUUUAACCCAACGAGGCUUAAAGCCUAAACAAGAAAAGUCAGCGACAAGUUUAAGUUAA